AUGCUGCUAUGCACAACUGUUACUCGUGUGAAAGAUUGGCAAGGUGUUGAGUAUGGUUUCAAUUUCAGAGCUUAUGAAGAUAUUCUUCAAGGAGAGGCGUUAAACGCUUUGAGUGUUGAUGUUGUUGGAUCUAUGAUUUCUUGUGGAGAUCAUGAAAUCUUUGAUCGACCUGCAAAGGAGACUAAGAAGAUGAAUUUCGAUAUUGAAGAUUUGGAUGGUAAGGUUUUGCGGUGUACUGUGUGGAAUGGUUAUGCUCUGCAGAUUAAGGACUUCAUUUCUAAAAUCCCACCUCAUGAGCAUGUGAUGGUUGUUCUACUCCAUGGAAAGUGUAAGGAAUGGAAAGGUGAAUAUACUGUUCAAAGUGACAAGUUUGCAACACGAAUUUUUCUGAAUCAAGAAAUUGAUGAAGUUGAUGAGCUAAGGAGGAGGCAUAUAUUGAAGUUUGGACAAGGGAGUAGUUCUACUUCUCAGACGAUACUAUCGUCUCAGAGUAUUUUUCCAUUACAUAAAGAAUUUGUAACUGAAGGUGUGAAGAAACAUGUUGAUGAGAUUAGCGAGAUAGAAGAGGAAAUGUCUUGUGUUGUGGUUGCGACAAUUAAGAUUGUGCAAGAAGAGUAUGGUUGGUUUUAUGCUGCCUGUCGUAAGUGUUUCAAGAAGGUGAUGGCUAAAAGUGAAUACUUGCAGAAUGUUGAGAAUGUUUCAGAUGAUAUUCUUCGAUUGCCUGCGACUUCUUUGGUUUGUAUCAGAUGUCAUAUUGAAUGUACAUCGGUCACCACAAAGUUCAAGGUGCAAGUGCGGGUGCAGGAUGAGAGUGGUAGUGUUUCUUUUGUUAUGUUUGAUAGAGAUGUUCAGAAGCUUCUUGGAUUAGCAGCGAGUGACAUAAGAGAGAGGCAGGUUAAGGCCAAUGAUACUGGAUUCCCUCAUGAGAUAUUUCGAUUGGUUGAUAAGAAGGCUGCUUUUAAGAUUGAUGUUUCAGAGUUCAAUCUUAAAAAUGACUAUCGUGUUUAUACUGUGCAAAAAACAACUGAGGGUCCAGUAAUAAUUGCUGAGUUGGUUGGUGGAGAUGGUAAUGGUGAUGAAAAUACUGAUGAGGUUACUCAAGAGGUAGCUAACGUUAAAGACGUUAAUCUUUCAGACUCUUCUCAGGUGUCUGCUGAACGAACUUCAAGGUUGUUUUGUGAUCUGUUGGAAGGAUGUUGUCUCUGUUAA